AAAUAUAAGGUUCAAGGUUGAACCAGUGGAGAAGUUAAUUUGUGAUAAUUAGUUAGUUUAAUAAAAGACAGCGAAUUAUUACAACAUUUAACGAAAUAAGUUGGAAAAUAAAAUGCCACCAACCCUUUACUAUUUUGAGGCAAGUCCUGCAGUUCGAAGUGUCCUUUUGACGUCCAAAGCCCUUGGAAUGAAUCUCAUAUUAGAACCAGUGAACAUUCUGAAAAAUGAACAUCUCCGACCCGACUACUUAAAAAUAAAUCCACAACAUACAGUUCCCACGUUGGUAGAUGAAGAUGGCUUUUCAAUUUGGGACAGUCAUGCUAUAAAUGCAUAUCUCAUUGGAAAAUAUGGGAAAGAUGAUUCCUUGUAUCCAAGAGACCCUAAGGAAAGGGCUGUAGUGGAUCAAAGACUGCAUUUUGACAGUGGAAUCCUAUUCGCAAAGUUAGAUCCCAUUACGAAAGAAAUUUGGUUUGGAGAGUCCAAAUCUAUCACCGAAAAUCACGUUGCUGCCAUAAAAGAAGCAUACUCCUUUCUAGAAACAUUCCUGUCCAUUGAAAACGAGUCUUAUAUUGCUGGAAACAGCCUGACAAUAGCAGACUUCAGCCUUAUAGCGUCUGUUACAACAAUGGAAAUGUUUGUUCCAAUUUGUCCACAAUUGUAUCCGAAGUUGACUGCUUGGAUCCAGCGAAUAGAAUCACUACCAUAUUACAAUUCAGCUAACCAAAAUGGUCUCAAUGUGUAUGCCGAAGAAGUGAAGAAACGAUGUGGACGAUAGAAUUAAUAUUAAGACUACUUAUGAUACAUAUUACGAAGUUAUUUCCUUCAAUAUUAAGAAAGGAAUAUGGAACAAAUUGUAUUACCUACAUCUAUUCAUUAUUUGACAUGUAUUUUUUAUUGUACGUUACUUGUAAGAUUUUAAUUAUAAAAAUCUAAUUAGAA